UGUGUUUUCUUUCCCCACCUCUCCUCCUCCUACCUCCUACCCUCCCACCUACCUCUCCCCCUCCCCUGAUCCCUCCUCCUUCAUUCCCCAAUUGAGUCGACGCCAGGGGAAGCACCUGCUCCGCACCCGCGAUCGUGUCUCCUCGUCUGGUCUUGCCCCGAUCCAGCAAAUUCCCCUCUUUCUUGCUCUUGCCGCGGCGGAGCAGCCCCCGUCGGCGACAGGAGGAGAGAUUUUCGGAGCUGAGACUCGGAGCUUCCGUCUCCUUCCUCGUGCUUGGAUUGUUCUUGCUUCUUGCCGAGGGUAGCGCAGGCUGCUAGGGUUGCUCGGUUGAUUCUUUGCUUGUGCGGUACAUAGAAUACGUAUCAUGAGAAGAUGAUGCGCGCCAAGGGCAAAGCUACAUUCUUGGACGCCAUGAAGGAGACCACCUCCCCCGUCUCCCCCGCCGCCGCGGCCAAGGAGGCGCUCAAGGAGGACGAGUGGGAGGUGCGGCCCGGCGGGAUGCUGGUGCAGAAGCGCGACCCGGGCUCCGACGCGCCCGCGGGCGCCCCCGUGCCCACCAUCCGCCUCAAGGUCAAGUUCAACGCCGUCUCCCACGAGAUCUACAUCAGCUCCCAGGCCUCCUUCGGCGAGGUGAAGAAGAUGAUGUCGGAGAAGACCGGCCUGCACCACGAGGACCAGAAGGUGCUCUACAAGGGCAAGGAGAUGGACUCCAAGGCCUUCCUCGACAUGUCCGGCGUCAAGGACCGCUCCAAGCUGGCGCUCCUCGAGGACCCCGACGCGCAGGCCAAGCGCCUCAUCGAGCAGCGCCGCGCCGACAAGGCGCACCGCGCCUCCAAGUCCGUCUCCCGCAUCAGCCUCGACGUCGACAAGCUCGCCACCAAGGUGUCGGCGCUGGAGGCCAUCGUGCGCAAGGGCGGGAAGGUGGUGGAGGCCGACGUGGUCGCCCUCACCGAGGCGCUCAUGACGGAGCUGGUCAAGCUGGACGCCAUCGCCGCCGACGGCGAGGUCAAGGCGCAGCGGCGA